UAACAAUAUAAACCCAUCUGUUUCUCUCCCUUGCAUGAUACAAAGAGGAAAUCCUGUUUGUAACUUUUAAGAUAAAUCAAUCAAUAGGGGAGGGAGGCAGGGGGGAGAGAGAGAGGAAAAGGAAGGCGAUCCGAACGGAGGAAGUGGCGAAUGGGCACACUUCAGACAUGGAGAAAAUCAUACGGUGCCCUGAAAGAUCACACCAAAGUCGGACUUGCACAUGUUAAUUCCGAUUUCAAGGAUGUGGAUGUGGCGAUCGUAAAGGCUACAAAUCAUGUAGAAGUUCCACCAAAAGAUAGACACCUCAGAAAAAUUUUGGCUUCCACAUCAGCGAUUCGGCCCCAGACUGAUGUUGCAUACUGCAUACAUGCACUUGCAAGACGGUUGGCAAAGACACAUAACUGGACGGUUGCAUUGAAGACACUGAUAGUUAUUCAUAGAACAUUGAGAGAAGGUGAUCCCACAUUUAGGGAGGAACUUUUGAAUUUCCAGCAGAAAGGACGCAUCCUUCAAUUUUCCAAUUUUAAGGAUGAUUCAAGUCCCAUUGCUUGGGAUUGCUCUGCCUGGGUACGGACAUAUGCAUUCUUCUUGGAAGAAAGACUCGAAUGCUUUAGGAUACUGAAGUAUGACAUUGAAGCUGAGCGUCUUCCAGGACCUGCUCAAGGCCAAGAGAAGGGUUACAGUAGAACUAGAAACUUGGACAGUGGAGACCUUUUGGAUCAACUCCCUGCAUUGCAGAAGCUGCUGUACCGUCUUAUUGGAUGCCAGCCUGAAGGAGCAGCUGUUGGCAAUUAUGUGAUUCAGUAUGCCCUUGCUCUGGUGCUCAAAGAGAGUUUUAAAAUUUAUUGCGCUAUAAAUGAUGGAAUUAUCAAUCUUGUUGACAAGUUUUUUGAGAUGCCUAGACAUGAAGCCAUUAAAGCUCUCGAUAUCUAUAAAAGAGCUGGUCAGCAGGUAGAAUGUUUUCUAGCCACUCUUAGGCUAGGAGGCGAGGGACUUUUUCAGGGCUUGAAUGCUACUGCACCUGAUGCAUCUGCUAUUGAGGAAAGCAAUGCACUGGCUUUGGCCAUAGUUCCAACUGGUGCCAGAUUUGACUCUAGUGCUUCACAAUCCAAAGAUGUUGACCCUACUGGAUGGGAACUUGCCCUGGUCACUACUCCCAGUAGCAACUUAUCUUCAGUUCAGGAGAGGCAAUUAGCUGGUGGACUGGAUUCUCUUACUCUUAAUAGCUUGUACGAUGAAUCUGCAUAUAGAGCAUAUCAGCAACCAGCAUAUGGAGCGCCUGUUCCCAAUCCAUUUGAAGUUGCCGAUCCAUUUGCUCUGUCCAAUACUAUUGCUCCUCCUCCGGUUGUUCAAAUGGCUACAAUGUCUCAACAUCAAAGUAAUCCUUUUGGUUCGUUCGAACCUGCUUAUCCCCACCCUCAACAACAGCAAAAUUUACUGAUGAACCCACAAAAUCCUUUUGGCGAUACGGGUUUGGGAGCAUUUCCUGUCAACCCCGCUGCUCACCCUCAAACAAGCAACCCAUUUGGGAGUUCCAGCCUUCUAUAAC